CUGCCUCUCGUCUCCCAGGUCGUAUCCAGCUGUGGGGUCACGCCAUCGCUGUGGACUGGGCGGAGCCGGAGGUGGAGGUGGACGAAGACACGAUGGCGUCCGUGAAGAUCCUGUACGUCAGGAACCUGAUGCUGCAGACCACCGAGGAAACCAUCGAGAAGGAGUUCAACAACCUCAGACCCGGUGCGGUGGAGCGCGUGAAGAAGAUCAGAGAUUACGCCUUCGUGCAUUUCACUCAGAGAGAAGACGCCAUCAGCGCCAUGAACGCCCUCAACGGGAAGAUGGUGGACGGCUCUCCCAUCGAGGUGACUCUCGCUAAGCCUGUGGACAAAGACAGUUACGUCCGAUACACCCGAGGGACGGGAGGACGGGGGGCGUCUCUGCUGCAGACGGACUACACCGCCUACACCCUGGGACAGGUGUACGACCCCUCGGCGGCGUACCUCGGGCCCCCCGUGUUCUACGCCCCCCAGGCGUACGCCACCAUCCCGGGUCAGUUUCGCUUCCCGCCGGCAGCCAAAGUUCACGUUGGAGGUCGAGGUUUGAUCCGGACUCCGUCUGUCAGAGGGGCAGCGGGGGUGCGGGGGCUGGGGGGGCGGGGCUACCUGGCCUACGCACCCGCAGGUGUUGGGGGGGGCGGAGCCUGUUACGGACUGAAGGCGGAUAAACAGGCGGAGGAGAAACUGUACGACCUGCUGCCCGGCAUGGAGCUCACCCCCAUGAACCCAGGGAACAUGAAGGCUGCCGCCAUCAAGCCCGCCACCCAGGUGAGGGCCUGGAGGGGG